AUGGGAGCCCUCCCCCUCCCCCCCCCAGCCUCUCCGCCGCUGCGCGCCAGGCCAGACCGGACCCGCUGGGCGCUGCUGGGCGGGCGGCUUCGGCCCGGGAGCACCUACGAGGCGAUGUGGCUGGAGUCGCGGGCGGAGCUGGCCGAGCUGCUGGCGCAGGAGCUGCCGGCGGAGCCGCGCAAGGCCGAGCGGAACGCGGCGGUCUUCUGGCAGGAGCUGGCCACGCUCUUCGUGCGCUACCUGCGGACGGCGCGGCGCCUGGAGGCCUGCUACGACCAGGCCGUCCAGCCCCAGAAGCGGCCCCUCCUGCGCCGCCUGCUCGACGUGGUGCUGGGCCGCCUGCUGGAGCUCAAGCGCGACCUGGUGGCGCUCCACCUCUCCGAGUACCACGACCUGGACCACGUCCUGCAGCAGCUCCACCUCGGCCCGGCCGACCUGGAGGUGCCCAUCCCGCGCUACUUCCUGCUCGAGCGGGCCAAAGUGCUGCAGGAGCGCCGGGAGGUGCUGGCCGAGAUCCUGGCCCGGACGGCGCCCUGCAAGGUGGCGGCGGCGCCGCGGCCGUCGAUGCCGCGCGAGGAGGCGGUGCGCCUGAUCCAGAUGGCCGAGCGGAUGCGCCAGGGGCGGCUGCGCGCUCGCUUCAUGCGCGAGAUCCGGCGGGACGAGGAGCGCGAGCGGAAGGCGCGCGAGAGCGGCCAGAGGGAGCCCGACCGGGUCCAGGCCGCCCUCUGCAUCCAGAAGGUGUGGAAGGGCUGCUUGCAGCGCCGCCUCACCGUCGUCGCUCGGCAGCAGGAGAUGGCCUUCAUCGGCAUGGCGCUGGAGCCGCAGGCGGCGGUCACCGCUCCGGCCACCCUUCGGGCGCAGCUCGGGGAAGAGUUCCGGCGCUUGCGCCAGGCGGACUACGAGACCGAGUACCGGCAGGCCCUGGACAGUAUCCGUGACUCCGUCUACGAGGUGGAGGGACCGAGCAUGCGCGAGGAGAUGAAGGCGCAGCUCCGGCAGUGGUUCAUCGAGUGUCGGGAGCUGACCGGCCGCUUCCCUGACUUCCCCGAGCAGGAGAUUGGCGGCUCCAGCGUCCUCUUUGCACAAAGGAGUCCAGAGGAGGUGAAGGCGGAGCUGGAUCUGGCAGAAAUCAAGGUAGAAAAGAAGAAGGGCAAAGGAAAGGAGGCCGAGAAGAAGAAGAAAGGGAAGGAGCAGCCAAAGGAGGCCGAAAAGACCAAAGCGAAGAAGAAAGAGGAAGACGAGGGGCUGAAGCUCUCCCCUUCCAAGUUUCUGACUGCCCUCGACCAAGGCUACAGGGAGUACACAGCCUUGUGGAACGACCCAGACGAGGUGGUCAACUUUGAACAGCGCUAUGAAGCGGAGCUCAUCAAGGCUGAGAUGCAGAAGGAUGUGGAGACAGAGAUUCGGCUGCAGGUGGAUGAGUUGAUGCGCCAGGAGCUUCGGCACCUGAGGCUGGCCGUGGACAUGGAAGACAUCAAAGCUGGGAAGCCCCCCAAGCCCAAGAAGAGUGCCAAGCAGCAAAAAGGGAAGAAAGGCACCAAGGAGAAAGACCUCACCCCUGACAGGACCAUCGACUCUCUCUACGAAGAGCUGGUGCUUCAAGGCAUCAUUAUCAAGCCUCCCAAAGUGCAGUUGUCCGACUACUCGGGAGACUACUGCUACUUGGGUACCACCUUACGCCAGGCGGAAAUUGAACCAAUACCCUCUAUGCUAGAUGUGCGACAGAACAUAGCUCUAUAUGCCAUCUUGCCUCUUGGCUCUCCAACUGUGCAUGAGUUGGCUCCCCUGGUGAGGUCGGUCCUUCUUGCGGGCCCCCCCGGCACAGGGAAGAAGAUGCUGGUUCAUGCCGUGUGCACUGAGACGGGUGCCAACCUCUUCGACCUCUCGCCAGGCAACCUGGCAGGGAAGUACGCGGGCAAGAGCGGCCUUCAGAUGAUGCUGCACCUGGUCUUGAAGGUGGCCCGCGCCCUCCAGCCUUCUGUCCUCUGGGUAGGGAAUGCUGAGAAGACUUUUUACAAGAAAGUCCCCAGAGAGGAGAAGGAGCUGGACCCCAGGCGGCUGAAGAAGGACCUGCCAAAGGCCCUGAAUCUGCUGACAGCCGCAGACCGGGUGCUGCUGCUGGGCACGACCACCCGGCCCUACCUGGCAGACGUCAAGGGUCUCUGCAAGACCUACGAGAGGAUCCUGCUCAUCCCCCGCCCAGACUAUGCCUCCCGCUACAUCACCUGGCAGCGGCUCAUCCAGAAGCGAGGCGGCGUCCUGGCCGGCUCCCUGGACCUCAGCGCCCUGGCCAAGGUGUCCGAUGGCUACAGCCAAGGCAGCAUGGCGCUGGCCGUGCAGGCGGUGCUGAGCGAGAGGCGUCUCCUGCAGCUGCCCAAGCGGCCGCUGGCUGCCAGCGAGUUCCUGCAGAUGUUGGCCAGGGCAGAGCCCGUCUACCCAGAGGAGGAGGCCCUGCUCCAGGACUGGUACGCCAAGACUCCCCUGGGCAAGAAGAAGCUGCUGGCUGAGGAGGAGAAGCGGAAGGCAGCUGAGAUGAAAGGGAAAGAGAAGAAGAAGAAGAAAUAGGGUGGUGGAAGGGGAGGAGGAGGCUGCUCUGGGCUGCAGCAUAAAUGGGGGCCUGCCAAUCAAGCUGGAGUCUGUCUGUGUG